AUGAUUACCCCUUACCCUGGUCUUUCUCCUAUCCCAGUUGUUAAUCGCUUUAGUCCCUUAAGAUCUACUUUGAGCCAAAUAAGACCCAACUACCAAUUUGCACUUACCUCCAGUUAUGAUCCCUUUCAAUUACCUCCUACUGCAACCCCUAUUUCUUCUUCUACCUUUUAUCCUAAGACUUCUCCCUAUAUCUUUAAGAGUACUGCUAAUCUCUUCAUUCUUGAGCCCCAUGUUUCCGUAUCCAUGAGCCCUGCAUUGAUUGCUCAAAACCAUUUUCCCCCAGGAUUUCAUUAUCUUCCCCAUAGCCCAUACAAGUCCCUUAAAUUUUACAGGGAAAUACUUCAUGAGACUAAUUCUGUUGAUAUUAAGCCAAUCCGUGACAAAACUGAUCCCCAGAAAAUCAUCUAUCAUUCCCUCUACAUCUAUCAAGUUUUGAGCCAAAAAAGCUGGGGUGCACACCCUUAUGAGCUAAGAACUCUUCCAUCUAAACUGCAAUAUAAUUAUGCUGAUUAUGUUGAGUCUUGGUAUUACAUCUUCUUACAUCAAACUCCUGAUUUUACACAUUCACGGUUUAUCAACUUUGACAGUAAAUUUCGCAGUGAGCUUCCCUACUGGUUUCUCCACUGGUGGGAUACACAUGGCCCCAAAUCAGAUAUUAUCCCUCCACAAAUUACUGAGUUAAUUACUUAUUUCUCUUCAAAAGCUAAAUUCCCUGAGCGUGAUUUAUUUUUUCCUACUCCCCUACUCUUUUUUACUCGUUACAAAAUCCCUUGGAUUAUGAAAUGGUCUUACAAUGUCAACUGGGAGACCCGCAUUUUUUCCCGUCAAUUUUAUGUUAAAUGGUGGGAUCGUUUUGAGGUCCAUCGAAUUGUUGAAUACAUAUACAGAGAUUUUCCUAAGCCUGAAUUUCCAAAACAUGAGCCUGAGUCCACCUCUCCACAUUCUACCCAGACAAUCUCUCUGUUGAGGGUAAGUCUAAAGCUGAGCUACAAGAUAUGGCUAAACAAUUACUCCUUCAAGCCUCCCAAAUGCAAGACGAUGAAGACAAUGAGUCCCAGUCAUCCUCAAGUUGCCAGCCCCGUCAGCAAAGUCCAAGCCCUGAUCGACCCUUGA